CAUUUCUGAAGUGACCCCCUAACUGCAGCGGAGAGUGCUAAAUCUCCACUGCUUUACUUUCUCCAGCACUCUGACUGCUAUCAGAGUACACUUGGCGCGGCAUGACACAUUGGCGUACGUUGCAAACUGGUUGCGGUUUUGCCUUGCUGACUCUCAAUGAGCUGGCAGAGGCCGUGACGGUCAACAUGGCUGAGGUGAGCGUGUGCCAGGAUGCCACUUUUCAGAUUCCGACAAGUCGGGGAGCAGUGUGCUCAGGAUAUGGUGGUGCACAGCCUAUCGGUGUGCAAUGCCCUCGCGUAGGUGACACAGCCUUGGAUGCAUGUCACCCGUACCUUGACAGCUUUAACGGCGUCAAUUGCGUUGCUAAAGAGGAUGCUCAGUGUGUUCGUCUUGAAGGGAGACAUGCCUGGGGCUGCACAUUUCCGUCGACGUGGUGCGCUGAUAUGUGGAAAACUCCAGAGGAGACUGCACAUGAUAGCUGUCUAACGUGGGAGUUUUACGAAGUUGCUUCGAAUGUGGACCUCUUUGAUAUUGCGAUUGAAGACGCUGUUGACCCCGCAUGGUUUACCAAGACGUCAAGAGUGACAAAGCUUUACAACUGCAAGACUGACUCGCCAGCCGUAGUGCCAAUACAAGAUACAGCAAUACCAACUACUCCAUCAGAAAUCCCGGUUUACACCAUGGCGCCUGUAGUGACAAAUACUAAUGCUCCUCAGGUCGAAACGGUGGUAGCAGCUAUUGUAGAAGCUCCAGUAAUUGUGACCUCAAGGCCUUCAGAAGCACCAGUGCUGACCGAGCAGGUAACGGCGAUUCCUGUCGUCCAGGAAUCUCCAGUACCAACGGAAUUAACGUCGUGGGCGCCGAUAGUGGAGUCGCCAGUCCCGACAAAUCCUCCUGAGACUUCAUUGCCGAUUGCAUACCUUGAGCCUACACCGACUGAGACUUUUGCAUCUAUUUCACCUACAUCAACACUUGUACCAGAGGAGUCAACAUCAGCACCUCCAGAAACACCAACGAGUCCACCUGCAACUGAAAUUCCCACGGUGACUCCAUUCACCGAUGAAGUGGAGACUUUAACUCCGACUUACGAGACUCUUCUACCAAGUACACCAGUGCCAGAGCUAACACGGAUUCCUCAAACAGAAACAUCAACUGUACCGAUAACGACUUCACCUCCAGUGCCAAUCACCACGGCUACGCCCUGGUAUCCGACACAAACACCACCAAUUGUUCCUGAAACUUAUGAGCCUGCGUCAACGACUGCGCCGCAUAUCGCAACAUUACCGGCGACUGAAAUGCCUCAGCCUACUGAAAUUGCUACCCCUGGACCAGCACAGGAGUAUUCUCAGACACCGUUGGCCACUGCAACUCUAGCGCCAGCAUCUACUCCACCCACAGAGACUACUUUUCCACCUUACGGUGUAGAGCAGGAGCAAACUCCCGAAUCAACGCCGUACCAGCACAUUAACGACACUCCGUGUCCGACGGAGACGCAAACCUUACCACCCAUUGCCACCAUUCCACCAGUUCCUCUAGAGACUGAUGCACCAACGUUAUACCUGACGCCGUCCACAGUUCCUAUCGACAAUUCCAACAUGCGAGGUUCAGUCGAUGAUGAUACCGAGGAAACGCUGAUCUCACCACCAGAGCCACCAUUAUAUCCGGCUUCGGCUCCAAUAGUGCCGUUAGCCCAAACAACGGCCCCCACCGAGGAUACUCCUAACAACACUCAACCAACCACGACCGAGUCGCCGGCAACGGAGACGCCAUGCCCGGAAGAACCGGCCACAGAUGUUUCGACAGCAACAAGUGAGGCACCAACACUACAGACACUGCCUACCAAGAUCACUUCGACAGAAAUACCAACGACCACAGAGGACAUUCCUUAUACUACUCAACCAGUCACGACCGAGUCACCGACAACGGAGACGCCAUGCACGGACAGACCAACCACAGAGGUACCGAUCAUUGAGACACCAACAAGUGAAGCACCUACGAUAGAAACACUGCCAACCGAGACCCCUUCAACAGAAGAAUCAACGACCGAAGCACCAGUCCCUACUUUUCAGACUUCUUAUCAGCAGCAAGAAGACCAGGACUAUCAACAACCAUUAGAUAUUUCAUAUCCUCCAGCUACAACGCCGGUCUCAACUGAAGCUCCGACUGCUCCAGUGUUCGCAACAUCAACUUCUGCUCAACCUGCCGAGACACCAUGUGCUACAGUGACGCAAACCGCGCUUCAGGCUUCAACAGAGUCCAGCCUCACGACCAUCGCGUCUGUUGGCAUUUCAGCUACAGCAAUGAUCGCAAUUAUCAUCGUCAUAGGCACCAUUUUGGUCGUGACGAUUGCAAUCUUUCGAGCUCAGAGCCGCAGUAACCAGCCACCACCCAAGGACCCUGAAAAUCGCCAUUUCGAGCACAGUAUCGUGCUCACUCCGUCAAACUUCUGA